GCCCGUCCCGCCCGCGCCCCGGCCGAGGGAUCCCCGGCUUCUGGGCGCACAGCCGCGCCCAGAGCCUCCGCCCGCAUCUCCCCCAGCCUAGCACGGCUGCCCGGCGCCUUUGUCCGCCGCUCACCCCUCUGCGCCCCAAGAGUUUCUGCCGCUGCGGGGGACAGUGUCCGCGAACGUCUUGGGGUGCCCUGAGGACGUGCUGCGCGCUCCAAAAUAUGAGUCGUGGAUAUUCAGAAAACAACAAUUUCCUGAACAAUAAUAACCAAAUGGUGUUGGACAUGAUCCUUUAUCCUCUGAUCGGAAUCCCUCAGACCAUCAACUGGGAAUCUGUGGCAAGGCUCAUGCCUGGAUUAACACCCAGAGAGUGUGCAAAAAGGUUUGAAGAACUAAAGAGCUGUGGAACCUCACCGGUUGACAACCAGUAUAAUCCCAUAAUGGCUACUGGAGAGAGUCCUGUUGAAACUUUAGCCACAUAUAUCAAAUCCUCACUUCUUGACACUCAGGGAGAAUUUCAGGAGGCUCCUGUUGGUCAGGAUGCAGUUUCCAAAACAGGAAGACAUAGUAUAGCUUCCACAAGGAAUUGUUCUUCAGAAAGUGAAACUUGCACUACUCAUAAUGAUGGAGAUAAGACUGAAGAAUCUGAAGGGCCAAAUAUGGUGAUCCAUGUAUGUGAUGAAGCAAAAAACUUGAAAGAAGAUUUUAUCUGCCCACGAGAUCUUUUGAUAUCAGAAAUGAAGUACUUUGCUGAAUAUUUAUCUAUGGAUGCCCAGCGCUGGGAAGAGGUGGACAUUUCAGUUCAUUGUGACGUUCACAUCUUCAACUGGUUGAUAAAAUAUGUUAAAAGGAACACUAAGGAGAAUAAAGAUUGUGAGAUCCCCACUUUAGAGCCAGGAAAUGUCAUUUCGAUUCUUAUUUCUUCAGAGUUUUUGAAAAUGGAUUCAUUGGUUGAACAAUGUAUUCAGUAUUGCCACAAAAAUAUGAAUGCCAUAGUGGCCACCCCAUGCAACAUGAACUGCAUCAAUGCAAAUCUUCUUACACGUAUAGCUGAUCUGUUUACACACAGUGAAGUUGAUGAUUUAAAGGACAAGAAAGAUAAGUUUAAGAGUAAACUCUUUUGUAAGAAGAUUGAGCGACUGUUUGAUCCUGAGUACUCGAAUCCAGAUUCUCGGAGUAGUGCAGUGACAUUAUAUAGGUGCUAUUUGUGUAAGAAACUUUUAACAAAAGAAACUGAAAGAAGAAGUCCUUGCAUUCCUGGAAAAAUCAAUGUGGAUCAACAUGGAAAUAUUAUCUACAUUCACAUAAGAGAUAAGACUUGGGAUGUUCAUGAGUAUUUGAAUAGUCUUUUUGAAGAAUUAAAGUCUUGGAGAGAUGUAUAUUGGCGCGUAUGGGGAACAGUAAACUGGCUAACGUGUUCGAGAUGUUAUCAGGCCUUUCUCUGUAUUGAAUUUUCACAUUGUCAGUAUCAUUCAGAAGCAGUGGUUUAUCCUACUGCAGCAAGUUCAUUGAAUACUGUUGGCACUGGAAUUUAUCCUUGUUGUAACCAAAAGGUUCUUCGAUUUGAUCCCACUCAGCUUACAAAGGGUUGUAAAGUGAGGGAGCAUAUGGUUGCUCUUUGUGAUCCAGGUGAAGGUGGAAAUUUGCUGUCCUGUCCGACUACUAGAAUACUGGACGAUCUGCUCAAACAUAAGGAUGUCAUUGUUGUACCUUUUUCUAAAGACACAGUUAGUGAUUCUGGGGUUGGCCCCUGUGAAGAAAAGGGUUUAGACUGUGAUGUUUUACUGGAGCCAAUUACACCAUGGGGCCCCAAAACUGGAGAGCUCAAUGCUUUUUUGUCACUGAAAAACUGGACUCUGCAACUGAAACAACAGUCAUUAUUUUCAGAAGAAGAAGAAUAUACCACCGGAUCUGAGGUCACUGAAGAUGAAGUUGGAGAUGAAGAAGAAGUAUCCAAGAAACAAAGGAAAAAGGAGAAGCCAAAGAAGUUCACUAAGCAACCAAAGAAGCAGAUGUCUUCACCAUGUGCUCAGAAGAAAGAAAAGGUAUCAGAGAAGUCACCUUCUAGAGAUGCAUCUCCUUUCAUCGUAAGUAUGCAGAAGAAUAAGUGGGAUGCCACAAGAUCCUUGAGGUUCAACCAGGAUGCACAAAGAGAAGAUGAUCAGCGGCGGAUGUCUGAAAUUACAGGACACCUAAUAAAAAUGAGGUUGGGUGAUCUGGACCGAGUCAAGUCAAAGGAAGCAAAAGAAUUUGCAGGGGGUAUUUAUUCCCGACUUGAAGCACAAAUCAAAGCCUCAGUGCCAGUCAGUGCCCGGCAAAGCAGCACAGAGAAAAACACAAGUUUCAAUACCAAGAAAAAGACAGAAAAAGUUUCUUGUACAGAUGGUAAUGGAGGUGAAGGUUGUCCAGCUGCCAAUGUGGAGGAGAAAGACAACUCAAAAGACCAAGAACAGACUCUCCUCAUGAAAAUAGUGGAUGUGACUCCACCAGUGAGGCCUGGCAUUCUCGUCUGGAAACGGAGUAAGGACCUGCUGGCCGAGCCCUCAGGGAACAGGGAGGACAUGGAGGCAACAGCAGAUGAGAAAGACAAAGCAAAAGAGAGGGAAAACGCUAAGGAUGCUGGUCAAGAGGGUGUUGACAUGCCAAAAACAGACACAGGCGCUCCUGCAGCUGGUGAAGGCCAAAAACGAUCCCUAAAAGGAGUGACGUUUUCUAGGGAGGUAAUUGUUGUGGAUCUUGGGAAUGAAUACCCUACACCUCAAAGCUUUACUCGAGAACAUAAAGAGAGAAAAUGAAGCUUGAAAAAGGCUGAGAUCAAAAGAAAUGCAACCUUGAACUAACAAUGAAAUGACUGAGGGUACAAAAUCAUGUUGAAACCACAAAAUAAUGGGGAAUUAAGCAAAUACAGAUAGUAUUUCAACUUUGUGCUGAAAGAAGUGGGCUAGGCACAAGACUCUGUAAGUAGAAUACUCAGAGCUUGAAUAUAGAUUUUUUUAAAAACUCAAAUCUGAGUUCAAUUAAAAAAUUGAUCAUAUUAAGUGUCCUUAAAACUGUCUUUUCAAACCCUGUUCUAACAUGUGAAUAAAGUUAGAUGCCUAUUAGGUAAAUCAUAUUCCUGAGGGGACUUUUGAAACAGUAUGUCCUUGAUGCUCUGAUCACAAGCUUUCAAGACCAAACAACACUUUUUCUGUCAUCAUAGAAACUUCCGAUAGCUAGGUCUAGGGUCUUCUAUUUCGUAAUCCACUUUGAAUUCAGUCCUGAAACCUUUCUUGUACUGACAACUGCUUUUUUAAAGAUAGAUACAAAAAAACAAAACAAAACAAAACAAAAAACACCACAAACUACCUCCAUAACCUACAAAAAAAAAUCCUGUUUCUUUAAGCAAGUCUUGAGAUUAUACUUGAUUCUUGAUUUCAGUAGCUUGUAAUUUGCUAUCUGUAUGUGGAAUGUGAAAAUAAAGACCACCAUGAUAUCAUCCAAACCACUGCAAUAAACAUAGGUCAAAUAUACAUUUUUUUGGAAGGGCUAUGAGGAAAAUAAAAAGCAGAAAGUAUAGUAUUUGAUUCAGGGACCUAGCACAGUGUCAUGUAUAUAGUAUAUGCUCAAUAAAUAUUUGUUGAAUGAGUGGGAGAAUGUGAUAAGAUAAUGCAGAAUAAGAUAAUGUACUGUAAAUAAGACCCUUUGAAGGUAGAAGGCCCACAGCCCACUGUGAGAAGAAAGAAGGAUUUAACCAAAGGGAAGGAUAAGAUAACGAAGGCAGAAGGAGGAUUGUAUUUCAGCUGGGGAAAGGCACAAGCCAAGGCAAGCAGGUGAGGUAUGUGAGUUUGGUGGCAUCAGUUUGCUGGAGCUGAAGGUUGCUGUUGAGCAAUGUUGAGAAGUAACAGUGAAGGGCAGUAGGAAGUCAGAGUAAGGCCACUCUUGGGAUCCCAGGCUAGGUAUAUGGGGUGGAGAAUGAAUUAGAGCAGUUUGAACCGUGGCCAGUGUGCUGGUUUAAUCUAUUUUGUACCCCAGAAGAACCAUGUUCUUUUGACCCAGUCUUGUAGGUGCAGAUUUAUUGUGGGUGGGACCUUUUUGAUUAGGUUGUUUCCAUGGAGAUAUGACUCACCCAAUUGAGGCUGGGACCUUUUGAUUAGAUUGUUUCCGUGGAAAUGUGUCCCCGCCCAUUC